AUGUCUUCGACAAAUAUCAUGAGUUCGAACAAAGAACGUGCGGCGGCGAGUCCAUUGAUCAGGCAGUACUCUGCUUCUAUGCCGAAUAUAAUGCUUUUGACACCGGCUGAAACUGACGAAAAGAAAUUUCUAGCGCCGACCAAGUCGAAAUCCCUACCGGCAGAACUCGAUGUGCCUGUGCCGGACACUUGCAGUGUGGAUCUGCAGAGUACCGCGGACGCUGAGAUAAAGGACCUGCAGGUGGUGAUAACGAACUCGGCGGUCAGGCCUAGGAACCGUAUCGUGUCUUCGACCGUUUCGUUAAGGCGGCUCUAA